AUGGUGCACCGCGAGUUCUACAAGCCCGGCGACUUGCCGCCCACGUACCAAGAAGUGGUGGCUGCACCGCAACAGAAUAUUGUUGGAGGAGGCAACGUCCGUCCGCUGCAGACCAGUUUGCCGUGGUGGAAUCCCCGAUACUGGACCAAAAGAAUCUGGAUAGGAGUUGUUGCCGCGUUGGUAAUUAUUAUCGUCAUCGCUGUCGCCGUUGGUGUUACUCAGGCCAAGAAGAAUGCCUACCCCAACUACACCCAGUUAUCAUAUUCUCUGAAGGAAACAUACUCGGGGACAUCCUUCUUUGACAAUUUCAAUUACUUCACUGGCUACGACCCGACUCAUGGUUUUGUCCACUAUGUCCCUCGAGAGCAAGCAACAUCGCUGAACCUGACUUAUGCAUCCUCGGAAAGUGCAGUGCUCCGAGUUGACACCUCGGUGGGCCCUGGUGACGAACCGGAUGCUUCCACUGGACGAUUCUCUGUCCGCAUUUCCUCCAAGAACACCUACGACGAGGGUCUCUUCAUCUUCGACGUCAAGCACAGUCCUUAUGGCUGUGCUACCUGGAGUGCUCUCUGGCUCACGGACGAGUCCAACUGGCCCGACAACGGCGAGAUAGACGUCAUGGAGUCCGUGAACCAGGGUGAGGACGGUAACCAGAUGACCCUCCACACAACAGACGGCUGUUCCAUGGGCGUCCGUCGUAAACAGACCGGUAACGCCCAGUACUCGACCUGCGAUCACAGCAAGAACGACAACGCCGGCUGCGGCGUUCAGGGAGCCACAAGCUCGUUUGGAGAAGCAUUCAACAACAACAAGGGUGGUGUCAUGGCCCUGGAAUGGAGAGACGCCGGUAUCCGUGUGUGGCAGUGGGCGAGGAGCUCGGUCCCGUCUGAUAUCACGAGCAAGAACCCCGACCCAUCGACGUGGGGGACUGCAGCUGCUGAUUUCCCGAGCACGAGUUGCAAUAUCGGCAACCACUUCAAGAAUAACUCCAUCACCGCCAACAUUGAUCUCUGCGGUGACCUCACCGAGGCUAAAUAUGCCGAAUCUGGAUGCCCGAGUACGUGCUCUACUUAUGUUGCUGAGACACCCACUGCAUUUACGAAUGCCUACUGGGAGUUUGGCUAUUUUGAAGUCUAUCAGAAGUCAUAG